AAUAAGAAUGACAGUGUGGCCGUGUUUACCACGUGGUUCAAUUAUUCUUGUGUCACUGUCACAAAUUACUAUAUAAUAACGUCUUCAAGUUCAAGCUGACUGUGGAAGCAGUCACUCACUCAUCUUUGUAAACCAUUAAAUCCUCCACUUUAAUACUCAUUAUUGUAGGACUAGUCUAUGCAGCCAAUGUCUUAGUUCAAGCUUCACCGUACGACGAAGAUCAACAUGAAGUGCUUUCAUUGCUGCUAAGUGGGUGGUGCAGCCACGACUCUGUCGACAAUGCAACCCAAUAUUGCACUUGGUCUGGUAUCACUUGCGACCCCGCUCGACAGAUUACUCAAAUUACUCUUUCUUAUGAUUAUUGUGAAUAUUGUGAAUUCUGGUCAUUGGAGAAAUUCAACUGGUCUUGCUUUCCAAACUUAGUCCAUCUGAAUCUUUCCUCUGCCGGGCUUUAUGGAGAUAUUCCAUCCCACAUAGGUACUCUUUCAAAGCUCACCCACCUUCACCUUUCCAAAAAUUGUCUAACAGGCCAAUUACCUCUUUCAAUUGCCAACCUCUCCAGGUUGAUGGUGUUUGAUCUUUCUUAUAAUAACCUAUAUGGUUCAAUUCCAAGAGAAUUGGGUAGUUUAAAGAAUCUUAUUGCAUUAAAUUUCAGCUAUAACUAUUUUAGCGGUCCAAUUCCUUCAACUAUUGCUCUUUUUUCCAACCUCACUCAUCUACAUAUGUCAUCUAAUCAAAUUAAUGGGUCUAUUCCAAUUGAUUUAAGAAAGCUGAAGAACAUGGUUUCUCUUGACCUGUCUUACAACAGCCUCCAAGGACAACUCCCAUCCAGUAUAUUCCAGCUGAACAGAUUGACUUCCCUAUCAUUUUCCUACAACAAAAUCAAUGGUUCCAUACCUCCGGCUUUGGGUGAUCUAACCAAUUUGGUGGAGUUGGACCUUAGCCAAAAUCAAUUGAUUGGUUGCAUUCCAUUAGAAAUUGCAAAUUUGAAGAACUUUACAUUUCUGGAUCUUAGUUCCAACAACCUCAGUUGUCCAAUUCCUUUAACUGUUGCUCUUUUUUCCAACCUCACUCAUCUACAUAUGUCAUCUAAUCAAAUUAAUGGGUCUAUUCCAAUUGAUUUAGGAAAGCUGAAGAACAUGGUUUCUCUUGACCUGUCUUACAACAGCCUCCAAGGACAACUCCCAUCCAGUAUAUUCCAGCUGAACAGAUUGACUUCCCUAUCAUUUUCCCACAACAAAAUCAAUGGUUCCAUACCUCCGGCUUUGGGUGAUCUAACCAAUUUGGUGGAGUUGGACCUUAGUUCAAACGAAUUUGAUGGUCCACUCCCUCUGGAAAUUAGAAAACUAAGAAACCUAGAGUCGUUAGUCCUUAGCCAAAAUCAAUUGAUUGGUUGCAUUCCAUUAGAAAUUUCAAAUUUGAAGAACUUAACAUUUCUGGAUGUUAGUUCCAACAACCUCAGUUGUCCAAUUAUGCCAAUUCUUACGGUUUUGCAAUCAAUUGAAGUUCUUUCACUAGGUUCAAAUAGAAUAUAUGGUUCCAUGGAUUCAAAUAUUGUAAAGCUCAGAAAGCUGACUUUCUUGGACUUAUCACAUAACAACAUAUCAGGGAUCAUACCUUCUGAAUUUGCCUGCUUGUCAAUAUUAGAGUCUUUGGAUCUGUCUUACAACUCUUUAAAGGGUCCAACUGGCGAAGAGCCUGUUGAAGGUGACAUCAUUUCUUUCAACCAUCCCCUUCAAUGCCCCAAGUCUACCCCCCCAACUCCAUCGCCAAGUCUACCCCCCAAGUCUACCCCUCAAGUUGCGAUCAUUAUUUGCAUCGUCUUGGCCUUCUUUGCCUUUUGUUUGAUCAAUUUAUUUCUGUUGGCCGAUAAGUGUCAUUUCAAAACUAGACAAGUCCAACCUACUAAAGGAGCUUCAAAAAAUGGUGAUAUAUUGUCCGUAUGGAAUUAUGAUGGGAAAAUUGCAUUUGAAGAUAUCCUAAAAGCAACGGAAGAUUUUGACAUUCGAUAUUGCGUUGGAACAGGUGGUUACGGUAGUGUAUAUAGAGCACAACUACCUAGUGGCAAAGUAGUUGCCUUGAAGAAGCUUCACAGUUCAGAGGCAGAAGAAGUAUCAUUCAGAAAGAGUUUUGAGAAUGAGGUAGAAACGUUGACUAAAAUUCGUCACAAAAAUAUCAUAAGACUCUAUGGAUUCUGUUUGAACAAAAGAAGCAUGUUUUUGAUUUACGAGUAUAUGGAAAGAGGAAGCUUGUUUUGUGUUCUAAGCGAUGAUUUAGAAGCUGUGGAAUUAGAUUGGAGUAAGAGAAUUAAUGUCAUCAAAGACAUAGCUUAUGCAUUGUCUUACAUGCAUCAUGAUUGCACUCCUCCAAUUGUUCAUCGUGAUGUAAAGAGCACCAACAUCUUAUUGAACUCAGAAUUUGAGGCUUUUGUGUCUGAUUAUGGAACCGCAAGAUUACUUGAUCCCGAUACUUCCAAUCGAACCAUGAUUGCUGGUACAUACGGCUAUAUUGCUCCAGAAUUUGCCUACACCAUGGCCAUAACGGAAAAAUGUGACGUUUAUAGCUUUGGUGUAGUGGUACUCGAAACGUUAAUGGGUAAGCACCCUGGAGAAUUUUUGUCGUCAUUGUCAUCUUCAUCAUCGUCAAUUCAAAAUAUGUUGCUGACUGAAAUAAUAGACCACCGCCCAUCACCGCCAAGAAAUGGGAUUGUUGAAAGUGAUAUUGUUCUUAUUACUACGCUGGGAUUUGCAUGCCUAAAUGCCAAACCAAUGAAUCGACCAACAAUGAAGCUAGUUUCUCAACAACUUCUUGCUCGCAAACGAUUGUUAGCCAAGCGUUUUAGUGAUAUUUCACUUGGACAGCUAAUGUUCCCAGAUGAAAUUUUACUAGAUAUUGAAAAUAAGAUUAGUUGA